AUGAUGAUGAUUUCCUGGAUUUUCCUUGUGAUUGGUUUACAUGCUCAACCUGCAUACAAUCAAUGCCUCAAGGACCAACAGUCUUUAUUGUUAGCAUUCAAAAACGAUCUGGUUUAUGAUCCUUCAAGCCAGAUUGCCAAGUGGAACCCAAGUGUAGACUGCUGUGACUGGGGUGGGAUUACAUGCGACAAAGAGGGUCAUGUUACAGGACUGGAUCUCAGCAGCCAGAAUGUGUAUGGCUCCAUCAACGACUCGUCUAGUCUUUUCGGUCUCGAGUUUCUUCAGUCGCUCAACCUAGCCUACAACGAUUUCGACUCGCUGUUGGGAUUCAGUAAGCUCACUCAACGUCUCACCUAUUUGAAUCUGUCCAAUGCAUACUCUGAAGGUCAGCUUCCUGUUGACUUCUCCCUGAUCACAAGCUUGGUCACCCUUGAUCUGUCUUUAGCUGCUAGAAAUGUUUAUAUGGUUUAUCUUGAUCAUCUGGAAAACUUAGUUCAGAACCUUACCGAAUUAAGACACCUCUAUCUUGACUAUAUCAACAUUUUGGCACAUAACAAUUGGGCCGGGGUGAUAUCUUCUUCCUUGCCCAAUUUGCAGGUUUUAAGCUUGACGAGCUGCGGGCUUCGAGGCUCUUUAGACUCCUCGCUUGGUAACCUCAAACACCUUUCGGUUAUUCUUCUAGACGGAAACAACUUUUCUUCUGGAAUCCCUGAGUCGUUGGCGGACCUCCAAAAUCUUACUGUUUUGAGUCUACCUGGAUGCGAUCUUACGGGAUUGCUUCCAUCUAAAAUCUUUCAGGUGCCCACUUUGAAGACAAUCGAUCUUUCUGGAAAUGAAAUGCUUCAAGGUGCACUUCCGGAUUCUGUGGGUGCUCUUGAGCUUGAGAAUCUGGAUCUUAGUGGCUGUGGAUUCAGUGGACCGAUUCCAGACUCAAUGCAAACCCUUACCAGUCUACGAUAUCUGGAUCUGUCUGCUAAUCGCUUCACGGGUCCAAUUCCAUCGUUUCAAUUGUCUAAGAAUCAUUUGGUGUGGGUAAAUUUCUACCAAAACAAUUUGACUGGUGGAAUCCCUUCUUCUCACUGGGAAGGGUUCGAUACGCUUGAGUACCUUAAUCUUGCUAGUAAUUACUUGACUGGGAGGUUUCCGGAGUCCUUUUUAACACUAAAAUCACUUCGAGAGUUGCAUCUGUCCAACAACUCCUUUUCCGGAAACAUUAACGACCCUUCAAAUGUUUCUUCUUAUUAUAAGUUGAAUACAAUGGAUCUGAGUAGCAACAAAUUUGAAGGUCCAAUACCUGGAUUCAUCUUCAAACUUGCAGCCCUUUCGACUCUCAAACUUUCUUCAAAUAAAUUCACUGGCAGGGUGGACCUACACAUGUUUGGAAGGUUGAAGGAGCUUCAGGCACUUGACCUUUCCUAUAACAAUCUUACCGUCAGUGUAGAUCGAUCAGAAUCAGCAUCGGCAUCACUCUCUCAAAUCAGCACACUCAAAUUAGCUUCAUGCUACAUGCAACAUUUUCCUGAUUUAAAUCUUGAUCUCUCAUAUAAUCAACUAAGCGGUGAAAUACCCAACUGGAUUUGGGAAGUUGGAAACGGCUUUCUCCGGUCUCUAAAUUUAUCACACAAUAGGUUUUCUAGUCUGCAAAAACCAUAUACCUUUCCUUUCCUACUUGACGUUCUCGACCUGCAUUCUAAUCAUUUGGACGGUGAAAUCCCCAUUCCUCCGAGACGAGUUUAUAUUCUGGAUUACUCGAGCAACAACUUCAGAUCUUCAAUCCCGGUUGAUUUUGGCAAUGUACUCACCUCCACCUUCUUCUUCUCCGUCUCCAACAAUAACUUGGUGGGACCCAUCCCUCAAUCAAUAUGCAACGCCAGCAGCCUCGUUGUACUUGAUUUAUCAAAUAACAGUCUGAAUGGCUCACUACCUUCAUGCUUGGCUACCAAGACUCUUAAAGUACUCAAUCUCAGAGGAAACAACUUCACCGGCAAUGUUUUAGAUGUAUUUACAGAGAGUUGUGGUCUGCAAACACUAGACCUUAGUACCAAUCAUCUUCAAGGACCCCUUCCUCAAUCUUUGGUGAAGUGCAAAGAUCUCACGGUUUUGGAUCUCGGUCAUAAUAUGAUAACGGAUAAUUUUCCAUGUUGGCUGAAUAACUUGUCCAACUUGCAUGUUUUUGUCAUACGGUCCAACAGAUUUCAUGGGAACAUUACUUGUCUCGGACUGGGAUCCAACAGUAUUCAAAUCAUCGACAUUGCUUCCAAUAGGUUUUCUGGCGUUCUACCUCCAACUUUGUUCACAAGUUUUAAAGGAAUCAUCGAUGAAACUCGAUCAAACCUCGGCUACCUGUAUUUCAAACAUCCACUGAAUAGUGCGAUAUAUUAUCAAGAUUCGGUGAGUGUGGUUGUCAAGGGAACAAACAGGGAGCUUGAAAAAAUUCUCAACAUCUUCACUUCGGUUGAUUUUUCCAACAACGGUUUCCAAGGGAGUAUACCUGUAACAGUUGGUGAUCUAAAAUUGCUUAAACUCGUCAACCUAUCCCACAAUGCACUAUCGGGUCCGGUCCCUGUGCCAAUUAGAAAACUGACGAAUCUUGAAUCACUGGACCUCUCGGUAAACAAGCUAAGUGGAAGCAUUCCACCACAGCUUUCAAGUCUUUCAUUUCUUUCAACCUUAAAUCUGUCAUAUAAUGAGUUGUCGGGUCGCAUCCCACGCGGCUCACAGUUUGAUACAUUUAGUGAUUCGUCAUUCAUGGGUAACCAAGGGUUAUGUGGUAUGCCGUUGAACAAGAGCUGUAAUGUUAAUGCUACUGGGGAAUUUCCUAGAGAAACAGACGAAGAUGGAAGUGAUCUGUAUGUUAGUAUUGGAAUCGGAUUUGUUGUGGGGUUUGUGAUGAUUGUCGGUCCACUUGUUCUUUUGAGGAGAUGGAGGACAUGGUGCAGCAAUCAUGUUGAUGGAUUAGUUUCAAGGAUUGUGAAAACCAAGGAUGAACGAACAGGCCUACGAUGA